CAACAGCAGUCCCAUCCCAUUCACCUGCGCAGCUGUGUGCUCUGUCGCCAGAGAAAGGUGAAAUGUGACCGACAGCAGCCGUGCUCGCACUGCACCCGGUCUGGAAAUGACUGCGUCUACCCCUCAGGCCGAGGCAGGGCCCCCAAGAGGCCCAGGCGUGACGUCGAGGAACAGCUCGCUGAGAAACUUUCGAGGCUCGAGACCAUCAUCAAGCGGCUGGCGUCCGAGAAUGCAUCUCAGGCGAAUGCCCUCUCGGCACGGCAGACGGACUCACCACCAACGCCAGGACCUUCUCGUCCAGCUGAUGACGCCGGCAGCAAUACUGCCUCCUCCUUGGACCGGAGCAGCAGUCCUGGUCUCUCCUCCAUCGAGGGCCAACUUAAUCGUCUGGUGAUAGACCCAAAGAAAAGUUACUAUGUCAGCAAUCCAUUAUGGGCCAGUCUGGCUAGUGAGAUCGAUGAACUACGUGAGAUCAUCACCCAGCCGGAGGAAGAGGUUGAAGAGGAUACUGUCCCAGCCUGGACAGAGGUUCCACCAGUCAACGACAGCAUGAACGCCGCCCUUUUCGGGUACAGAUCUACUGCAUAUUCUCUUAAGCCCUACCACCCACUGCUUCCCCAGGCGCUCGACAUCUACUCAGCCUUUGCCGAGAACGUCGCGCCACUCCUGAGAUUCUUCCACAUGCCGACCCUGGCUGAGUUGUAUCGAGAGUCGAUCUCAUCUACCACCCCUCUGGAGAGAAAUACCGAAGCCCUCAUCUUCGCUAUCUACUACUCCGGCAUCAUGAGCAUGCCACCAGACCAGUGCAUGAACCUCUUGGGCCUAUCCCAGCCCGCCGCUCUGGAGCGCUACCGCUUCGCCACAGAACAGGCUAUCGCCCGCGCCGACCUGCUCAACACACAGAGCAUCGUCCUCCUCCAGGCGGUGGCGCUAUUCCUCUCUGCCCUGCGCUGUCAGACUGACAGCCGCGCCUCAUGGUCCCUGAACACGCUCAUCUUCCACCUAGCACAGGCCAUGGGCCUCCACCGCGACGGUACCAUCUUCGGCUUGAAUCCUUUUGACACCGAGAUCAGGAGACGUCUAUGGUGGCACAUCUGCGUCCUGGACAGCCGUUCGUCAGAAUACCACGGGUUUGGGCCCAUCAUGUACCAGUCUACCUUUGACACGCGCAUCCCGCUGAAUGUCAACGACACAGACCUCUGGCCAGGCAUGACAGAACCGCCCAGGGAACGGGACGAGGCGACAGACAUGACCUUCUCUCUCAUUCGCUGCGAGGCUAUGCGCACGGCUGUCAAGGCCAGGCUGCUCUCUCCUGACAUGCCCAGCUGGCAAGGAUCGAUGGGCGGAAAACCUGAGGUGUCGGCAAGGGAACGCGUGCAGCUGCUGCAAGAGCUGCAGAAAAGGCUGAAGGAUCAUUAUUUGCCCCUCUGCGACACCUCGUCGCCCAUACUGCUUCUUGCGUCUCUUCUGGCCAAGCUCAUCUUUGUGCACUUCCACCUUGUCGCGAACCCUGAUCACGCUGUAUCAUCAUCACGCCCAGAAACCGACUUGCCAGAUGUCAUGAGCCGUGACCAGCUCUUCGAGUCCGCCAUAGGGAUCCUCGAGCUCUCUGGCCAGAUCCUCAGUCUCCCCGGAACCAGGAAAUGGGUCUGGUAUGCCAAGAGCCACGUCCAGUGGCACGUCGUGGCUUUUGUGCUCGCCGAGAUCUGCAGGCGGCCUCCAUCAGAGCAGUGCGAGCGAGCCUGGGCCUGCGUGACCAAAAUGUAUGAUGCAUGGAACAUGCAUAACUCUGCGUCGCAGGGGCUUAUGCGGAAGUCUGUGCGGAGGCUGUUGGUGAAGGCGAAGCAUGUACGCCAACUGCAG